AUGCCCCCACAAGCCCAACAGCAUGAAGAUCUCACACCCACAUACACGCACCCACUCACUCACCCGCGAGCGCCUUCCUCCCCCCUGCCCCCGCCCCCGCCGCUUUGCAACGCGCCCAGCACCUCCCCGAAGCCCCCCUCCUCAGCUUUCAACGACCUCCUCUCCUCUCUCUCUCUCUCUCUCUCUCUCUCUCUCUCUCUCUCUCUCUCUCUCUCUGUAGCAACAGGAAAUGAUGACUUUUGUCUGACAUCGUGUCCUGAUGUGCCUUGCUUGCCCCCGUGUGUGCAUGUGCUCUCUCUUUGUGCUCUCUCUUUGUGCUCUCUCUCUCUCUCUCUCUCUCUCUCUCUCUCUCUCUCUGCUCUCUCUCUCUCUCUCUCUGCUCUACUUUUUUUUUUCCGGGUUCGCGAGAGCGGCAGCGGCAAAGGAGAAAAGCAGGUGGCAGUGGACGGUGGUUGUGACGGCGGGAGCAAAAGGGGUUCUGCUGCCAACAGCGGCAGCAGCGAGUGA